AGGCCAUACGCCAGUUAUAUGUCAAACCCUAAUUGAGAAGUACAUGGUAGAACUUAGAGAAGUCUGAGAUUGAAGCUGUUUUAAAAAUAACAAUCAAAAUGUUUGUAAAAGUUCAUAAAACUGUUAGCAUAGUUUCUAUGACAAUCAGAGAGCGUGUUUACAAAUAAAAUUGCUGUGUACUUAUGUUAAACUCAAUCUCGAAGCAAGUCUGACAUGAAUGCUUCACAUUGGUUACAUUAUGUUCCAGAACGGAAAGUCGGGAAAAAUAUGAUGAAAUCAAUAUGUCAAUUACCUUAAGAAACACUUUAUCUUAAGAGACCUUUGCGUAUCAAAAGCAAAAAACAAACAUAGCUUAAGGUAACGUCGUCGUUAUCGUCACCGCAAAGAAGAAAACCAGUUUUCAUCAUGCUCCUGAAGAGAAAACCGAGUAAAGCAUGAUGAAAGUAAAACAGUCAUAUUUCUACCACCUGAAUUAGGUCCCCAGGACAUUCUGAAGGAGCAGAGGAGAGGGCCUUCUGACUGAUGAUAAUAUUGCUGAAUGCUUCGAAAUAUAAGGUGUUUGAUUAACUCUUUCAAAAAAACCUUUUGACUUUUGCCCAAACUGGAAAACCCUUUGCUACUUGAAAAACAAAAAACAGUACUUUCCUAAACUAAAUUGAGUAAGGAAAAAACCCCUUGGUUUUUAUCAAAGCUAGAAAACCCUUCGACUCUUUCUAUAGAACGCUUUUUAGCUUUUUUUGGUCAAACAGAAAAUCCCUUAGGGAAAAUUUUCUACAAAAUGUUUGGUUAUUAAACCCUUUCUGGUUUUGUAAAGUAGGUGCUAAACCAUUUUGGGUUUAGUACUGUUGUUCCUAAACCCUUUCGGUUUUUCAAAAUACGCUUUUUUUUCUAGAGAGUAGUACUGUUAAACAAGAGAAAGCGAAAAAGUUCGUGUUUAUUUUGACGAAUUUUUUACAUAUUUCACGAUUGCAUGUUUGGGGAAAAACCCUGAAAUUACAUCUGUGUAAUGUGUCACGAAUUACGCAUGCUAUAUUGUUUACUUCAUUAGGUUUCACACCGAAAACUUGUAGGAAGUUUCUAAUGUAAGCAAUUAUUUAUACAUAACGACAUAUUUCAGAUUCAAGCAUAUAGUAUUCAGUCAAAAGUGUUGCAGGUGAGUUAAAACUACAACUAAGAGCUAUGAAACAAGAACGAGUUCUUGUGAAACAUCGGCGUCUUCCUGCGAUUGUCUCGUGACUAGACUCAGUUGCUAUUUCUCCUCAUUUCUUAUGUUAACGCCAAACUCGCGUCACAUGCCCUCGUCGACCACAAAUGAACCCUUUAUAGAACUAUUUAACUUUAAAAUACAUGCAAAAAUAUUAUCGUUACCUUUCUAGUUGUGAGAGUUUCGACGCAUGUGUGUACUGAAGAAAGAAGAAUCUUUGAAAACUUUCUGUGACAAACUUUUCUGCGAAAAUAUUUGAAAAAAGAACAAACCUGUAUCUAACGAAUAGUUAUCUUUUAUCUUUUCGCAUGUGAAAACAUCUGUCUGCAUACUACAAUUAGAUGUGUAACAGCCUACCGUUUAACAAUAAAUGAUCACUGCAAAAAAGAAAAAUGAGAUGUCCUGCCAGAAGAAACCGAUAUAUAGAUAGAACAGUUGCAGACAAAACAGAUAGAUUAAACUAUUAGUGCUCUAACUGUCUGUGUCGUACUUUAGAAGUUUUGUAGUUUCCUCGAUCAUUGCACAACUCAUCAUCAACACGAAACUCAGUAUGUCCAAGUCAAGUUUCAGACCUCGAUUUUUUUGUCGUUUUUGGAAGUUGUUAAAAUCUAUCCAAACUUUCAUUUUAAAACGAAUAAGAAAAAGAAUUCAUAUCUUCCGUUAACAUCUAAAACGUUUCGUGGCUCAUGAUAUUACAACAACUCACGCCAUUCGACAUGUGACAAUUUUUUACGGACACUCUAAAAACGAAGAUCAUCUGAAAAUAAGAUAUAUACAUCAGGUGCCAAUUAGUUGGGUGCAUCGAUCUUAAAAAUAAGAUGGAAGAAAGUAUUCUAUUUUACGAUAUCCAGCUUAUUUUAGUCGUAGUUAAAGUCUUGAAGGGACUUCAUAGCUCUAAUAAGUAUGACCAUGACUGUAUCUAUAAGGUAUAGAGCUACCUUGAUGGUUGAAACAGAAACGAAGAAAAACUUAGUGAUUUAUUUUUAAAAAUCAUCGUUGUUUAUCUAGAGUGACAAACGCAAAACAAAAAAGAUGAUUGACUUCACCGUCUAGAAAGUAAGACGGAUGCGUCGGAAUUAGCUGAGGGCAUCUUGUACAUAAAACAGGCUGUUUAAAAUAAGAUAGAUAGAUAGAUUGUGUUAAAGUAAGAAUGAGAAAAAAAGUAAGACGCUUGUCAUAAGAUGGCUCUUUUUUUAGAAUGUGUGAGGACAAGUGCAUCCAAAUGCGUGUUUGGCCCAAAAGUGAUGGUGCUCAUACACAAAUUUUACUAGAGAAAAUAAUGAAAAUAAAAAUAUCCUUAUAUCAAGUCACAGUGAUUUGUACUACUCUCUAAUUCACAUGAUGUACUGAUUUGAUACAGACAGUAAAACACUGAAGAAGAGGACAUAUUUAUUUUCGUUCGAUAAUGGCAUACUUCCAAGAAGCCUGUUAACUUAAAAGAACUACAUGCACAGAGAAAAGUAGAUUUUGUGGAUCUUUUCCCGGAAAAACAACUUAGAUAAAAAUUUAAAUUCUACAUUAAAGAAACUUGUGAAUCUCUUAAAAACGUUUUCUUUAAGUUUGUAAAUAAACGGUAUGUUAUCUUAACCUACAUUUUUUAGGUUUUCUAGAAAAAACUUUUUUCAUUCCAUUAUUAUGGUAACUUUAAUUCUGUGCACUAUCCUGCUUUCUAUCCUUACCGCUUAUUAUUGCCAUCUGAAGCGGUGUUACAAAUUUUUUACCAAUUUGAAUAUCAGCGGCCCAAAACCAAUAUUCCUACUUGGAAACUUUUUGGAUUUUAUUAAAACACGUCGGAUAUCCCUGUCAAUUAAAUUAUGGGGUGAAAAAUAUGGUAAACUCUAUGGUUAUUUUGAAGGACACACACCGAUAUUAGUAUGCUCGAACCCAGAUAUAUUACAAGAUAUAUUUACUCGACACUUUUCUAACUUUCAUGCACGUCGUCAAUUCCCACUUGAAGAACGAAAGACAGAUUGUCAUUUGUUCAGUGCAAUUGGUCAAUGUUGGAAACGUCAACGAACAGUAAUUCAUCCGACCUUCUCUUCUUUGAAAAUGAAACUAAUGCUUCCAUUAAUUGAUUCGUGUGUUAGUAGUUUAAUGGUUAAAUUAAACGAACAUUAUAUGAAGAAUCAAGCGUUCGACAUCUAUAAGUUAUACAAGUGUCUAACAAUGGAUUUUAUAUGGAGAUGUGCUUUUGGCGAAGAUACAGAUAUGCAAAAUAACCCCAAUCAUCCAUAUCUUGUUCGAUCACAACGAGUGUUCGAUAGUGAUCAAGCAACACAUUUUGCAACAAUACUGACACUUUUCUUACCGGAAUUACGACACUUAUGGUUAACCAUACACAAAAUAACACAUUUCAUUAAAUAUUUCAUUCGAGAACAAGUACCAUUGUUAAGACAAUUUAUAGAAGAGGAUCCAAAUGUAUGGCUUAAAAGCAAUGUGAACACAUUUGUUCAUAAGAAACAAAAUGAGAAUGAAAAACACUUUGAUUUAUUGAAUUUAAUGUUGGAAAAAGUAAAGAAUCAAGAUUCUUCACACAUCAAGAAUGACGAACCUUAUCUAACAUUGGAUGAGGUGAAACAAAAUGUCUAUUUAUUCAUGGUGGCUGGAUAUGAAACAACUAGUACAGCACUUGCCUAUCUUUCUUAUAUUUUGGCUACACAUCCAGUUGAACAAGAGAAAUUACAAAAACAUAUCGAUGAAUAUUUUCCUGGAGACUGCAAUCAAAUAACAUCAGACUUGGAAGUAUUGCAAAAAAUGGAAUACCUCGAUUGGUUUAUACGAGAGACGUUAAGAAUGUAUCCGAUUGCUCCUUUAGUCAUUAAUCGUCAAAGUUCCGAACCGUUUGAACUAAAAGACAUUGGUGUGAUGCCCGCCGGUACACGGAUAACUAUUGACAUGUAUGCAUUGCAUUAUGAUUCCAUUUUGUGGGGACCGACCGACCCACAUAUCUUUUGUCCUGAACGUUUUGCAACAAAAAGACAUCCAAUGGCUUGGUUUGCCUUUGGUCAAGGACCAAGAAAGUGUGUGGGCAUGAAAUUUGCCAUGGUUGAAUUAAAAAUAACUCUUAUUCAUCUUUUGAAAACUUAUUCCGUUUUAAAAUGUGAGACGACAGAAGCAGAAUUUGAAUUAGUAGAAUUAGUAUCGGUUGUGCCAAAAAACCUAAAGAUAAAUUUAAGUCGUCGUUAA